AAUACAUAUUUGGACUUCGUCGAAAUUGAAUCGUUAUUAGAUUGGAUCGCCACAAUUGUAGUGUGAAUGUAGUGUGAUUUUUGUUGCAAUUGAUUGAUCGUCGAUUUGUUUAAACGUUUUUGCACAAAACUUAACAAGCAAAGAUUCUUUUCAUUUUUCUUUGUUCGUGUUUGAAGAAACGAAGAUGAACACAUUAUUUGUGAUCGUCUUGCUUGUUGCCGCAUUCACUAAACCAGAAGUGGCUGGAAAAUCAAUGAUUUCCAAAGAUGAUGAUCGAGAUAAGGGAUUCCAAAUAUCAAAAAAUAAAAUGAAUGUGCUUCUAAACGCUAUCGGAGAGAAUGAUGUAUCAAAAGUGCGAUCUUUGAUCAGCGAAGGAAUGAAUAUGAACUUUCAAUUUGAUGGGAAAACUGCAAUUAAUAUACCCGCUCAACAAUUGGAUCGUUCAUUUUUGCUAAUUUAUUUCCAUAAUCCAGACGAUUUGUUAGAAGUGUAUUCUUCAAAGAGAAAAGGAAAGAGUGUGAGAAUUCAAUUUGAUAAGGGAGAAACUCCAGUGCAUAUAGCCGCUAAACUUGGCUUUCUAUAUAUAAUAAAGUUGUUGCUUGAUUAUGGUGGUGUAAAUGUGAACAUUUUAGACAGCAACAGUUCCACACCGCUUCAUGAAGCAGCCGAGUAUGAAUCGUGGAGUAUUGCUGAAACGCUUAUUUAUCGUGGUGCCAAAAUCAAUGCAAAGGAUGUGCAAGCAAGGACGCCACUACACUAUGCAAUUUCUGGUGGUAAUUUUGAUCCAGGACGAAUAGAGUUCAUUGAAUUCCUUAUUGGACAUGGCGCUGAUAUUGGGGCUAAGGACUCCGAUGGAUUGACGCCUCUUCAUAUCGCAGUUCAGAAAGGAUGUAUGGAUAUCGCUCAGCGUCUCAUUGAACUCGGAGCUGACGCCAUUGCCAGGGAUAAUAAAGGACGUACACCAUAUAACUAUGCAGGAUUAAUUGGUAACUUAACCUAAGAGCACUGCCUAUUUUCACUUUGGUUUCGUGAAUUCAGGAACAUUUUCUAUAUAUUCCCGGCGACUAGCGAUUGCGUCGUGAAUUUAGGACAAUGUUUCAAAAUUCCCGAAGCUUACGUGAAAAUAGAAAAUGCAUGAAUUCUUAUCUCAAAUCAAAAAUAGUCAUUGAAUUUUUAAUCGUUGUCGCUUUGUAUAUCAGGUUAUGCAGAUGAUCUAAGAUUGAACCUUGAGGCUAAUGAGAAAUUCCAAAGUAUAACUUGUGUUAUUGAAAUAAUGCUAAUCAUUCUACUUUAAUCAAAUACUUAACAUUUUCAUACGAACAUAUUUUUAAUACAAUUUUUUUGUUAAUUUUUUAGAACAUAUAUGGUUUUUUGUAUUGUGUAUUGUGACCGUAAUUCUAUUGUUCUUCAUAUGUCAAAUAUUUGCCUCAAUUCAGUUUCACAAUCGACUGCGUAAAGGAGAUUCGAUCGGUCAUGGCCAUUUUAGUGAUGUGUAUAAGGGAGAACUUUGGCCAUUAAAUCCAUUGUUCCGAGCGAAAAGAGUUGCAAUAAAAUCGGUCAAGAGCUGCAACGAAACUGACUCAAAACUAACGGGAACGACUGAACUAUUGAAGGAAAUAAAUAUUGUAAAACGUUUGCCCAAACAUCCUAAUGUGGUUCGUUUUAUUGGGGCAGUCACUAAGAACCCUCUCGAAGGCGAAAUAAAGAUCGUUUACGAGUUUUGCCCAUACGGUGAUCUCAAAAGUUUUUUGAAGAAAAAUAGACAAUCUGCGGUCGAUCAGAAGCAGACAACAUCGAGCCAAUGUGGGUCAAAGGCUAAUGCAACAGGAGUCUAUGGAGCUAAAGCUGAACGAAUUGAUGAAGAAG